AUGCCCGACUCCCAAACCCCCGCGCCACAGCGCUCCACCUCCCGCCCUCGCACCCCCAACCGACCAACAACUCCCCUCCGCCCCUCCUCGCGCUCCUCCCUACGCGAAUCCGCCCGCGAAUCCAUCCAUGGCUCCAGCGCUUCAUUUCCGCUCAACGCCUUUGAGCCCGCCUUCGCCGAGCUGGCCGACGCCAUGGCGGACCUCGAAGCCAACAUGAUGCAUUUCCAGCUGAUGCACGAAAGCCUGGCCCGGUUCAGUGAGGACUUUGCCAGCUUUUUGUACGGGUUGAAUAUGAAUGCGUUUUGUGUGGAUUUCCCAGAGGGACCGUUGACGGAGAGCUUCAAGAGGAUGAAGGAGAAGGAGGAGAGGGAGGCUGCUGCUGGUGGUGGCCAGGGACAGAAUAACAUGGAGACUGGGAUUAUGGGCACAGGGGCCGGGAUGGCGACGGUUAAGCAGGAGAGGGAGGGGUUUGACGGGGAGACUACUUUUAUGACCACCGAUACCUCCUUUGUCGAUAACCCCACCUCCAACAUCUCCGGCCCUACACCGCGAAAACCAUUGGCGGCGCCCAAGACACCUGCCCCAAGACAGUCGAGGGUGCCUGCGCCGUCUGGAACGACCAGAGGCACGAGUGGAAGAGGUGUUGGUCGUGGUGUGACGCCAAGUUCUCGAACGACGAGCCGCGGUGCGAUUACUAGGAGUACAUCGAACGGGCGAGUUGGAGGGAAAGGUUUGAGGUGA